UCACAAAUAAUUGCCAAAGAAAUCGAUUAAUUUUAUACACGAGUAUAUACGAAAGUAUACAUAAGCAUGGCUAAGCAAUCAAUUUCAACCACUUCCAAGUUUGCACUCUUAGCAUUUCUGAUGCUCACUAUAGCUGCUCCUACACUGAGCACGACGCAACUAACAACCGAGACAAACCCUGAAGCUAUGACAUCAAUACUACAAGAGCUAGGAAAGGAACAACUUGCUGCUUCAUAUUAUUACUUGAAGAAAAUGGAAAUAAAAGAGCAACUUGGCUUGGAAGAAACAAAGCUGGCCAUGGUCGUCGAACAAAAGCCUCUCAAAUGUGAGGGAAAAGGAGGUCCUUGUACUUGGGCUGAGUGUUGUCCUGGUCUUAUAUGUGCCUAUGUUUUUCCUAUAUGGAAAUUUGGCACUUGUGUCGAUCUAUAGAUUAGUUUAUUUCAAAUGUAAGUAGUAUAUAUGUUUUACAUCAUCUCGACGAUUAUACAACAAGGACCUUUAUUCAUACGCAAAAUUUAAACGAAACACGAAUUGAACUAAACAGAAGUAAAAGAGUUGAACAAGGCCAGCCUGGCCAGGAGCUUAAUUGAAGUACGUACAACUAUCGAACUAAACAGAAGUAAAAGAACAGGUCCUUUGUAAUCACUUCAUUCCAAGGGCAAGAUCGAAGAUUCGAAGGAUAGAUUAAUGGCAAAGUGAAGGUUGAUUAAAGAAGAGUUCACAGUACCAAUUACAACACUGGAGGUUCAUGAAACACCGGCCUCUAGUACCUGCAGCCAUACAUUGGACAGUCCCCAUUUGUUGCGCGACUGAGUAAGCAAUCAUGGCUUCUUUCAGUCCAUUAGGGUUUCUACUAGUCAUGAGUUGCUGGUGAUAGGCAUUUGCAUUUACAUUGUUAUUUGGUUGUUGAUGAGGUAACUCAUCCAGCUUAUUUCCUUCUAUCAUUUCUUUAAUGAUCAUAACCUUUUCGACUUCUGGCCUUGCCUCAUCACUCACA